AUGAACCAAAAUUUAACAAAUUUGGAAGUUCAGGACAAAAUAGGGUAUAAACGAUGGGCUCCAACUAGAGAACAGGUGGCCUUAUUAGAGGCCAUUUUCGCAUUUGGAAUAAGAAACCCAGAACAAAUACAUGAAAUCGCGACUAGGCUUAAAGUUUAUGGAGAGAUUGGUGAAUAUAGUGUCUACUGUUGGUUCCAAAACUAUGGAUAUCGUGAAAAACAGCGAUGCCUGAAACGAAACACCACCACCAUUUCUUACUCUCCAAUACCCCUCCUGCCGCCUUUUAUGGAUGAUCUUUCACGCACAACGCCAUCGGUUCCAGAUCGGGUGACGCUGGAUCUUUUCCCGAUUCCUCCCGUUCCUGAAAGACAAGUGAUCCCUCCCUCCUUUCGGUUCCAGGUGAACGCCCCUUCAGUUGAACUUUCUCUAAGACUGCCUUCGGCCGACGAGUAG